AUGGGAAAUUUACCAGCUGAAAGACUGAAUCCUGCACCUCCUUUCUAUACUACCGGGGUAGAUUACGCGGGACCCUUUUUAAUAAAAGAUAAGGAUGGUAGAGGUUAUAAAUUAAAGAAAUGCUAUAUUAGUUUAUUCGUUUGUUUUUCAACACGUGCGGUACAUCUGGAGUUGGUUUCAGACCUCACAACUGAAGCGUUUCUAGCAUCGUUUAGGAGAUUUAUCGGGCGCAGAGGCAAUCCGGCUCAAACGUUUUCUAACAAUGGAAAAAAUUACGUCGGCGCAAGCGCCAAGCUAAAACUUUUCUUAGAAGAAAACGCUCAUAAACUAACAAGGUCAAUUGAGAAUGAGUAUAUCUCUUGGUCGUUUAUACCUGCUUGUUCCCCUCAGUUUGGAGGACUCUGGGUGGCCGGAGUGCAGUCAACCAAAUACCACUUACAGCGCGUGGCUGGUAAUGCGAGAUUAAGUUUCGAAGAAUUUUAUACGCUGCUUGUGCAGAUCGAGGCUGUAUUAAACUCCCGUCCUAUGUCCCCCCUUUCCAAUGACCCUUCCGAUUUUUCGGCUCUUACCCCCUCUCACUUCUUAAUUGGAAGGUCUAUAGUACAACUAGCACAACUAGACUUGACAGACGUUCCCAUGAACAGACUAUCACAUUUCCAGCGAAUCCAGCAGUUGCAGUAA